AUGGCCUUGAGGAACCACAGCACCAUCCAGGAGUUCACGCUCCUUGGACUGUCUGCCAGCCCCCGAAUCCGGCCUCUGCUCUUUGUGCUCUUCCUGGGGAUCUACCUCCUGACCCUGCUGGCGAACCUGACGAUGCUGCUGGUGAUCAGGACUGACUCCCACCUCCACACGCCCAUGUACUUCUUCCUCAGUCACCUCUCAUUGGUCGAUAUCUGCUUCUCUUCCGUCACUGUGCCCAAGAUGCUAGAGAACCUACUGUCUCAAAGGAAAACGAUAUCUGUGGAGGCCUGCCUGACUCAAGUCUUCUUUGUUUUUGUCACAGCAGGGACCGAAGCCUGUCUGCUCUCCGUGAUGGCUUAUGACCGCUAUGCCGCCAUCUGCCACCCUCUGCUCUAUGGUCAGAUCAUGAGUAAACAGUUGUAUAUGCUGCUUGUUUGGGGGUCCUGGGGACUGGGCUUUCUGGAUGCACUCAUCAACAUCUUACUAGCUAUGAGCAUGGUCUUCUGUGAGGCCCAAAUCAUCCCCCACUACAGUUGUGAAAUGCCCUCGCUCCUCGCCCUGUCCUGCUCAGACAUUUCCAGAAACCUCAUUGCUUUGCUCUGUUCCACUCUCUUGCAUGGUUUGGGGACCUUUCUUUUGGUCUUCUUAUCCUAUGCCCGCAUUCUUGCCACCAUCCUAAAUAUCGGCUCUACGUCAGGCAGAAGCAAGGCCUUCUCCACCUGCUCCUCCCACCUCACGGCGGUGACACUUUAUUACGGCUCAGGUCUGCUCCGCCACCUUAUGCCAAAUUCGGGUUCCGCCAUGGAACUGAUCUUCUCUGUACAAUAUACUGUAGUCACGCCCAUGCUAAAUCCCCUCAUCUAUAGCCUGAAAAAUAAGGAGGUGAAGGCAGCUCUGAAAAGAACUUUAGAAAAAUAUUUUCAAUAUAUCAAGUACUAA